GAGAGAGAAGGGAGAGAGAGCGUGAUUCCAGGUCUCUCUCUGCUCUCUCCACUUUGGGUACUCGUACCCAAUCUGAGUCAAUGGGGCUUCAGUGCUAGGGAUUAAACUUCAAUAUCAAAUAUAUUUAUUCACCCCAAACCCAUUUUAGUCUUUAGGUUUGGUGCAUUAAUAUAGGUAACUCAUUAAGGAAGGUUUCCGGAGAAAGGUAAAGACGUCUCCAGAGGCGUGCUUUUUUGUCUGUUUCCUCACAGAAGGGUCAGUCGGGCUCCUCUCGUCGGCUGGCUUUCUGUGAGAGGAUAACUUCCCCCAUAUCCCACAUUUACAGCUGACCCAGGCCGGAGAACUACUGCAACACUAUGGAUAUUGGAGCUUGUCCCUUCCGGAAGAAACGGAGACCAUGGCGCAUGGACUUCUCCUCCUUCGCCUUGGUAACCGUGGCGCUCGCCCUGUGCCAAACAACUGUGGUUCAAGCAGACCCGGUCGAUGUGUUACGGGCUCUGCAGGUUCCCUCUCUGCCUGAGGGUGUGAAGAAGGUCCCUGGCUUCUGCACAUCCCGUCGCUCCAGCAGCCCCGAUCAUGCUUUCCGCAUCACCAAGAAGGCCCAGAUCUCCGCACCCACCAAGCAGCUCUUCUCAGGUCGUUUCCCGGAGAAUUUCUCCGUCAUGGCUCUGGUUAAAGCCCAGGCUGGCCUCCAGGCCUUCCUCCUCUCCAUCUACAGCGAGCAGGGCGUCCAGCAGCUGGGUAUCGAACUGGGACGUUCACCUGUUUUCCUGUACGAGGACCAGAGCGGCAAGCCAGCUCCGGAGGACUACCCACUCUUCAAAGGCGUCAACCUGGCUGAUGGCAAGUGGCAUCGCAUUGCUUUCUCUGUUUCCAAGAAGAACGUGACACUGCUGCUGGACUGCAAGAAGAAGAUGACCCGCCCUCUGCCCAGGGGCAACAAGGCAGUGGUUGACACCAAUGGCAUCACAGUGUUUGGAGCCCGCCUGCUGGACGAGGAGGUGUUCCAGGGAGACAUCCAGCAGCUGAUGAUUGCCUCCAACCCUCAAGCUGCCUAUGACUUCUGUGAACACUACAGCCCUGACUGUGACUCCCCUCUGCCCAAAACCCAAGCUCAGGACCCCAACACAUACUACUUUGAUGAGGAGCAGGAUGACCAUGAAUACCCCUAUUAUUAUGAGGAAACAACAGGCAUUGCCUCCUCCUCCGCGACCCCCUCUCCCCAACCUGGGGCCCCCAACCAACAGGAUGUAGACACUGAAUAUUCUGAGGCUGGCCACACCCCUACAGAGACUGAUUAUUACUAUGAGGAGACCUUCACAGAGCCAGAGGGUGAGGUGGUUGGACAAGAAGAAAACGCUGUACAGCCUCAGGUGGAGCCAGCACUGGUGGGAGAAGAGGUAGACGCCGCCAAGGCGGGCGGUACUGGAGAAGAGCUCUUCACUGAGGAGUAUGAGACUGGGGACGUGGGCCUUAAGGAGUACGACUAUAACUACAGAGACUACAAUGAACCAUCACCAGAGACUGCAGAGGUUGAUGGCAACAUUGGCCCCGCCCUGUCCGCUGUGACAGACGAGGGAGGCGCUGCUGUUAGAGGCCAGAAAGGAGAGAAAGGCGAGCCUGCUGUCCUGGAGCCUGGGAUGCUGAUUGAAGGACCUCCAGGACCUGAGGGACCUGCUAUGGCUCUGAAGGGGCCUCCUGGACCAAUGGGAUUCACCGGACGCCCUGGACCCCUGGGAAAUCCAGGAAGUACUGGUUUGAAGGGAGAGCUUGGAGACCCCGGUCCUCAGGGUCCAAGGGGACCCCACGGUAUGAUGGGCCCUCCAGGCAAAGCAGGAAGAAGAGGCCGUGCUGGAGCUGAUGGUGCCAGAGGAAUGCCAGGAGAGCCUGGAGCUAAGGGCGACCGUGGUUUCGAUGGUCUUCCUGGUCUGCCUGGUGAUAAAGGACACAGGGGUGACUCUGGACCACUGGGACCACCAGGGGGCCCAGGAGAGGAUGGAGAGCGGGGAGAUGAUGGAGACGUUGGACCUCGGGGUCUCCCAGGUGAACCAGGUGUUCGAGGAAACGAUGGACCCCACGGUUCCAAAGGAAGCUUGGGUCCCCAAGGUGAGCCAGGACCUCCAGGUCAGCAGGGAACCCCAGGAACUCAGGGAAUGCCGGGACCUCAGGGGGCCAUCGGACCCCCAGGAGAGAAAGGUCCCACAGGAAAACCAGGUCUCCCAGGAAUGCCUGGAGCUGAUGGGCCUCCUGGUCACCCAGGAAAGGAGGGGCCUCCUGGCACCAAGGGAAACCAUGGUCCUAACGGUCCUCAGGGAGCUAUCGGCUAUCCUGGUCCUCGGGGCGUCAAGGGAGAACAAGGCAUCCGCGGCCUGAAAGGCCACAAAGGAGAGAAGGGAGAAGACGGCUUCCCGGGAAUUAAAGGAGAUUUCGGUGUCAAGGGAGAGAGGGGAGAGAUUGGAGUAUCAGGGCCCAGAGGAGAGGACGGCCCGGAGGGGCCCAAGGGUCGUGUUGGACCCCCCGGUGAGGUUGGAGCUAUUGGACUGAUUGGUGAGAAGGGUAAACUCGGUGUACCUGGAGUUCCUGGAUAUCCUGGAAGACAAGGACCAAAGGGAUCUCUUGGAUUCCCAGGAUUCCCUGGUUCAAACGGCGAGAAGGGAACAAGGGGUACUUCCGGCAAACCAGGUCCGAGAGGACAGAGAGGCCCGACGGGCCCCCGAGGGCAGAGAGGGCCGAGGGGGGCCACGGGGAAACCAGGAGCAAAGGGAACCUCAGGAAGUGAUGGACCUCAUGGUCCUCCUGGAGAGAGGGGAUUGCCAGGACCUCAGGGAGCCAAUGGUUUCCCCGGACCAAAGGGACCUCCUGGACCACCAGGAAAGGAUGGCCUGCCAGGACAUCCCGGGCAGAGAGGAGAAGUUGGUUUCCAAGGUAAAAUGGGUCCACCUGGGCCUCCUGGAGUUGUUGGACCUCAGGGCCCAUCAGGAGAGACCGGCCCCAUGGGCGAGCGUGGCCAUCCCGGACCUCUAGGUCCACCUGGUGAGCAGGGGCUUCCUGGUCCUUCAGGGAAAGAGGGCACCAAGGGGGACCCUGGACCCACAGGACGGCCUGGAAAAGAUGGUCCUCCAGGACUGAGAGGCUUCCCAGGAGAGAGGGGACUUCCUGGAACCCCUGGUGGUGGAGGACUGAAGGGAGGCGAAGGACCUGCUGGACCUCCUGGACCUGCUGGGUCUCCUGGUGAGCGGGGACCAGCUGGUACUGCUGGACCCAUCGGACCUCCUGGCAGACCAGGCCCUCAGGGCCCACCUGGACCAGCUGGAGAGAAGGGAGUCCCUGGUGAGAAAGGGCCCAUUGGCCCAGCAGGUCGGGACGGAGUGCAGGGUCCUGUGGGUCUGCCCGGCCCUGCUGGAACAGCUGGAGUUCCUGGCGAGGACGGAGACAAGGGUGAGGUUGGAGAGCCUGGGCAGAAGGGCGCCAAAGGAGCCAAAGGAGAGCAUGGUCCUCCUGGUCCACCCGGGCCGCUCGGUCCUGUAGGUCAGCCUGGUCCAGCUGGUGCUGAUGGAGAUCUUGGACCGAGGGGGCAGCAGGGUCCUUUCGGAGCUAAAGGUGACGAGGGAACCCGAGGCUUCCCAGGAGCCCCAGGUCCCAUCGGACUCCAGGGACUGCCAGGACCAUCUGGGGAGAAAGGAGAGAUGGGAGAUGUCGGACCUAUGGGUCCUCCAGGCCCUCCAGGACCCCGUGGCCCUGCUGGACCCAGCGGAGCUGACGGUCCUCAAGGUCCUCCUGGUGGUAUUGGUAAUCCUGGGGCUGUUGGAGAGAAGGGAGAGCCCGGUGAGGCCGGACCACCUGGAAUCGUAGGAGAGGCUGGAAAGAAGGGUCCUCGUGGAGAGCGCGGAGAGAAGGGAGAGGCGGGCCAACCUGGAACUGCUGGACCUGCCGGAGGACGAGGAGGACCAGGAGACGACGGGCCCAAAGGAAACCCAGGUCCUGUUGGUUUCCCUGGUGAUCCCGGCCCCCCUGGUGAGGUUGGACCCAGAGGCCAGGAUGGUGCCAAGGGAGAGAGAGGAGAGGAUGGAGAAGCAGGAGAACCUGGCACCCCCGGACCUCCUGGUGAGAACGGACCUCCUGGACCCCCAGGAAAGAGGGGUCCUGCUGGUGCAAGAGGAGCAGAGGGACGUCAGGGAGAGAAGGGAACCAAGGGAGAUCCAGGUGCAGUCGGUCCCCCAGGAAAGACGGGUCCUGUCGGCCCUCAGGGUCAACCAGGAAAACCAGGAACCGAAGGUCUUCGAGGACUCCCAGGAUCAGUGGGUGGACAAGGAUUACCAGGAGCUGCUGGAGAGAAAGGACCGCCUGGACCUUUGGGACCGCCUGGUUUGCCCGGCCUGCGUGGAGACCCCGGAGCCAAGGGAGAGAAGGGUCACCAAGGUCUUAUCGGUCUCAUCGGACCUCCGGGAGAGCAGGGAGAGAAGGGAGACCGAGGCCUUCCUGGGCCUCAGGGAUCCUCUGGACCCAAAGGAGAGUCCGGACUUUCUGGAGGCACCGGACCCCUCGGCCCUGCUGGUCCUCCUGGUCUUCCUGGUCCUCAAGGUAUCAAAGGAGCUAAGGGUGCAUCUGGAGGAGCUGGACCAAAGGGAGAAAAAGGAGUACAAGGACCUCCUGGACCUCCUGGCCCACCUGGUGAGGUCAUUCAGCCGCUGCCCAUCCAGAGGAGUCCCAAGUCCAAACGCUCCAUCGAUGCCAGCCAGCUGGCGCCGGAGUUUGACCCUGACAUGCCGGCAUCUGACACCGCUGGCACCGAGUUCCUGAUGGGCAGCGAAGGCAUGGAGGAGAUCUUUGGCUCUCUCAACUCCCUCCGUCAAGAGAUCGAGACGAUGCGUUUCCCUCUGGGCACUCAGGACAGCCCCGCGCGCACCUGCCAGGACCUGAACCUCAGCCAGCCGGACCUCAAAGACGGAGAGUACUGGAUCGACCCCAAUCAGGGCUGCUCCAGAGACUCCUUCAAGGUCUUCUGUAAUUUUACUGCUGGAGAGACGUGUUUGUACCCGAGCAAGGACGUCAACACGGUGGAGAUGAGCUCCUGGGACAAAGAGACUCCAGGAUCGUGGUACAGUCAGUUUUCCACUGGUAGUAAGUUCUCCUACGUCGACUCCAACGGUGAUCCCGUGGGCGUGGUCCAGCUGGGCUUCCUGCGCCUCUUGAGCGUCCAGGCCCGUCAGAACCUCACCUACCACUGCCACCGCUCCGUGGCCUGGGCCGACCAAAGCGCCGAGAACAACUACCAAAGGGCGCUGCACUUCCUGGGUGCCAACGACGAGGAGCUGAGCUAUGAGACCAACCCGUACAUCAAAGCCUUGAUCGAUGGCUGCUCUUAUCGUAAGGGCUUCGACAGGACGGUCCUGGAGAUCAGCACGCCACAGCUGGAGCAUCUUCCUCUGCGGGAUAUCAAGGUGUCAGACUUUGGGGAGAAAAACCAGCAGUUUGGUUUUGAAGUGGGACCUGUUUGUUUCCAAGCCUAAGAACACAAACACACACAAUACAUGCAAACACACACACACUUAGAGACACACUUAUAUAUGAAAAAAAACAUUCAUGCCCAGUAAUUUGUAAAUUAAUUUGUAAAUGAUAUAAAACACACACACACACACUUACUUACAUAUACAUGCAGUUGUUGUGAGACAAACACGCGCUCACAGUAAAGUGCGUGCCGGGGAAACCAACAUCCUCCCAACAAUUAAUGGACGUCACAAAAACAAAAAAAAGAGGAGAGAAAUCUGAAAAACUCGCGGAGAGGAGACCUUCGACUCGCCGCGUGAGACGAAGAUAAAGUCAGGAGGGAGCGUCCUUCAACAUAAAACAGUGUUUUCUUUAACGUCACCGACCUGAGAGCGAGCCGGCAACCUGAGGUCUGAUGCCCCUCUACCUCCCCAUCCAACAUCUCCUCCCAGAAACGGGUCACACUCAUUCCCACUUCCUUAAUCUACAUUCACUCUGCAGGCAGCAUGACUGACGGUCGCUCAGGCUGUGAGAGGCUCCCGUGCAGCCGCCUUUAUCUGUGAUGCAGUUAAAAUCACAUGAAAUCAAAACAGGAGACAAACCAUAAAAGAACAGCCAGAGGUCAGAAACGUUCCCCUGAGCUGUAGAUGAAGCUCUUUGUGAGGUCAUCAGGGGCGACUCUUCAGUCAUGCUGUUUACAGAGUAACAUUCAGAUCUUUUUACACUUUAAGGAACCAAAGAAUUAACGACACCGGCAGAAACACAGGGAACUGAGCACCGAGGUUAACGUGUGGCGAGGUGCAGGACAAUCCCUCCUCCACCCGAGAGGAGCGAGACUGCGCUGAGCCGAUGUGAUGCAUGCACGAGGCAGGAGAGACGUGUGAUCAGUGAAAUCAAAGCCAUUCAUUUUGUAAACUGUGCUAAAUGCAGUGCUGUUGUAUUUGCAUGCUGCUGGUGCCUUUUUUUAAAGACCCGAUUCUUUAAAUCACUCCUCACCGAGGCCGCUAACACCACGCCGCUCCGGUGUUUGCUGAGUCUGGACUCUUUGUUGUUUUCCAUCAGUGUUUAAACAUGUCUGAGCUUCAGAGAUUCCUCCUGUUUUUCCUGCAGCAGCAAAUAAAAAUGCACGCUUUUACUGACCUGUGUGGUAAGGUGCUAAUUACACAAACGUGUCAAAGGUGUAGUGUCCACUCCGACUCCUUCCUGUAGUCUCUUCUAAUUCAUGAAGCUUGUACCUGGGGAAGAUGUGCAUUACAUACCAUUUGUACAGAAAUAGUGAUAUUCUAUUGUAUUUAUUUAAAACUAACAGGGUGCUUUGAGAUUAAAAAAACAAGAACCAACCAAUAUUUCAGUCACAUGUGGUUUGUAUUUAUUUCCUGCAGCUGACACUUGAAGGUCAAACUCACCGCCCUGUUCAAACUCCUUUUGUACGGAAUAAAAAUAAGAAUCUGUGGCCACACGUUACUGUAAGAUCCCGUCUUAGUGUUUGCAUCGACUGUACUGUGCUGUUACAUCCUGCUUCCACUGUAAUGAUUAAACGGUGACUCUCCACCUCU